AGCGGGCCCACGCAUGCGCACAGCCGGCAGGAUUCUGUCCCUCCAUGACAUCCAGCGGGACUGACUGCUGCUGUUGCGCACACGGAAAGAGGAGUGUUCGUCAAAUACAUGAUCCUCCUAAUCCCUCAACGCUCCAGGACUGAUAGAUAAUAACGCGCUCGAGUGGAAUCCGCAGGCCUAAAGGACGCAGAUACGGAUAUCACGGCGGUUCGGUGACUGUAAUUGAUUGGGAUUUUUUCGAGGAUGAGGCUGAUCAAGAGCACACAUGCGGAUGGAGGACAGAAGCGCGAGCUGCCUCCUCCAUUCAGGAACCCGUUCGUGCAUGACUUAAGAUUCACGUCCGUCCAGAAGCUCCAGAUUGGUUUGAUGACAGUGACGGUGUUCCCCAUCCGGCUCUUCAUAGCGGCGUUCAUGAUGCUGUUGGCCUGGCCGUUUGCCUUCAUCGCGUCCGUGGGCCGCUCCGAGACAACGGUGGAGCCACAGUGCUUAUGGAGAAAGGUGGUGGACCUGGUGCUGAAGACCAUCAUGCGGGUCAUGUGGUUUGCGGGCGGCUUCCACUGGAUCAGUGUUAAAGGCAGAAGGGCUCUGCCCGCCGAAGCGCCCAUCCUCACCCUCGGCCCUCACUCGUCAUAUUUCGACGCUAUUCCCGUCACCAUGACCAUGGCGUCGAUUGUGAUGAAAGCGGAGAGCAAAGACAUUCCUGUGUGGGGAACUCUGAUCAAAUUCAUCCGGCCUGUGUUUGUGUCGCGAUCAGAUCAGGACUCCAGACGGAAGACGGUGGAAGAGAUCAAGAGAAGAGCUCAUUCAGGAGGAGAGUGGCCUCAGAUAAUGAUAUUUCCAGAGGGGACGUGCACCAAUAGAUCCUGUCUGAUCACGUUCAAACCAGGAGCGUUCAUUCCAGCAGUUCCUGUACAGCCUGUAGUGAUCCGCUACCCAAACCAGCUGGACACUAUUACCUGGACGUGGCAGGGGCCUGGAGCAUUUAAGAUCCUGUGGUUGACUCUGUGUCAGUUUCACAAUGAGUUUCAGAUUGAGUAUCUGCCCAUAUACUCGCCCUCAGAGGAGGAGAAGAAUAAUCCCGCGCUCUUCGCUCACAAUGUGCGCCGCUUGAUGGCAAAGGCCCUGCAGGUCCCCGUGACAGACUACUCGUUUGAAGACUGUCAGUUAGCCAUGGCUGAGGGUCAGAUCAAGCUGCCCGUGGACACGUGUCUUCUGGAGUUUGCUAAACUGGUCCGGAGUCUGGGGUUGAAGCGUGAGAACUCGGAGAAGCUCCUGCAGGAUUAUGGGAACAGGGCUCAUAAACUCCAGGGCGAGAGACUGAGUCUUGAAGAUUUCGCCGAGUUCCUUGACCUGCCCGUGUCGGACGUACUCAGAGACAUGUUUGCUCUCUUUGACGAGCAUGAAGACAACUCAGUGGAUGUCCGAGAGUUCGUGAUCGCGUUCUCUGUGGUGUGUCGGCCUGCAAAAACACUUGACACCAUCAGGUUGGCCUUCAAGAUGUUCGAGGCAGAAGAGGACGGUGCGAUCACAGAGAACGAGCUGAUGUGUGUGUUGAGGACGGCGCUGGGCGUUGGAAAACUCAAAGUCAGCCGUCUGUUCAGAGCCAUCGAUGACGAGGACACUGGCAAAAUCACUUUCGAGAGCUUUAGGGAGUUUGCGGAGGAGCAUCCCGAGUUCGCUGAGCAGUUCCUCUACUCGGACAAUGCAGGAUUCGGCAGCAGCUCCCCUCCUCACGCCAACGGCUUCUGUGCUGAUUUCAGCCCGAGAGACCACCACGCUCCUCAGAAGAAACUCGACUGAGCCCAUCUUACACGUCCCUGAGAGGGCGAGGGCGGAGCAGCUUUGCAAAGUUUACCACCUGGUAUCCAUGACAUUUGAUUGGUUACUUCACGCUUGCCGGUUUUCUCUUCCCCUCAGCAUCAUUUCUGUCAUUUUGAGAUCGGGAACUUUUCUUAUCACUAUUAUUGUAAGAGCAAAUUGAAGGGAAUUUUCUUUCUUUCUCUUUUUUUUUUGUUGUUUUUUUGUUUUUGUAAAACAACUACUUGAAAGCCAAGCACUUAUUUCAUUCUCAUUGGGUGAUCUAUUUGUGCGAGUGAUACUUGACCGACUGUGCAUGUUUUUUUUAAAUACGGGAGAAAAAGGACGCAAGCGAAUAAACGACCCAGUCAGUAACGGAUCGAAACGGUUUUCUCGGUUGGCUUGCGCUCUCUUUUUCAGUCCCUCAACCGUCCACAUCUUUUGCUUUCUGUUUUCUGACUGUAGAUGCCUUUAUGAAUUCAUAAGUAUUUGCAUGGGCUUGAUGCUUGAUAGCAGUAUUACUCAGUGUUUGACUAAAAUGAUCGUUGAGCGCCAGUGACAGAUAUCUGAGCUCUGUCUCCUCCUGCUGGAUGUUUAUGAGGAUCAGAUUUGAGGUGCAAAAUACGAUCGAUUAAGUGCUGGUCUGAAUCAAAACGAGUCAGUUUUUAUUCCUUAAUAUUUCGUCCCUUAGCUCAGGGGUGCGGGAAAGUGGCUAUCUGUUUGUUUUUGGUGUGUGUGUGUUCUUUUCAUUCAUCUUUUUGUACGGUAAGUUGCACUGUACUUUUGUAAAUUCUGGACAUCCAAUUACCAAUUUAAUCCAUGAGCAAGUCUCAGUCAGCUGUUUCAGCUUGGGUUUUUGGGGGUCAUUUUUACGUUUUAUUUUGAUUUACUUCAGGUAUUGAAAUAAACAUAACAUUUUACAUUUAUAUGGACCAAAUACAGAAUAAUAACUGUGGUGUAGUUAGAGAAUCAGGAUUCUGAAAAAUGUUAUUCAUAAGAUAUAGUAUAUAUAUAUAUAAUGGAGUGUUUACCUUUUUGAUAGACAACAUUUUCCUGUAUUUUUCUAUUUUUCACUCAGAGGCAAGUGAAAAAUUGACAUCAUGUCCAACAAUUCGACCAAGAAAAGUGUCUCUUUCUAAUGUUCUUGAGUAGAGUUUCUCUCUUAAUGUUUAUCUGCAUCUUGCAUUAAGUAAAGUCUUCCUUCAUUUCUUCACACAAACAA